UUCUAACCAAAAGAAAUGGCAGCACAAGCAGCAAUUUGUCAAUGGCCAGUGUUCAGUGGCCAGCAUUUUCAAGAGACUCAAGGGAUUGCCCAUACUAGAGAUAGCAAUGCCAUCGACCUAUUUAGCAGUUUAUCUUGGACGUGCAUUCCCUCCAAAUCAAAAACACAGAAGGCUAAACUAUGUUCCUCUCCAAUGCCAAAGAAAGGAGGAAUUCAUGUUUUCUCGUCAAAUACAUUGUCCCCAAGCAUGCCAGCAGAACUGCUAGAUGCAUGGGAUGAUGACUACAAUGGAAUUGUUAUUGAUUCAGCAAGCUUGCCCUCCAGUGCAAAUGCUUUUGCAGCAGCUCUUCGCGCUUCCUUGUCCAACUGGAAGGCAAAGGGGAAAAAAGGAAUAUGGCUCAAACUAUUCCAUGAGCAGUCCGAUCUUGUUCCAAUAGCUAUUCAGGAAGGUUUUGAUUACCACCAUGCUGAACCUGGUUACAUAAUGCUAACUUACUGGAUCCCUGACGAGCCAUGCAUGCUUGUGUGA